AGUUAGCAAGCUCGGUGAAGGAGGCAAGUUCCCACAGCCGGCUCGGGCUCGCCCACCUUCCCCGCAGCGGCCGUGCGUCCCGAUCCUAUUCCUCUUUUCCCUCGUGGAGAACUGAGGACUUACUUGACUGAGGAAAAUGCCAAUGAUGUGGAUGUGACCAUGAAAAGAGAACGUGUGACUGGAGGAGGCAGAAGAGGAUGAGGAAAAGCGUUAUUUGAAGAGAAGAAUAAGCCAGCCACUCCAACGUUUUCUGCAAAUUGGUGCAAUUACUUCUCGGGUCCAUUUGCUUUUAUUCUUUCUAACCCACAAUUAAGAAAUCUUGAUUUGAGGGCCAAGAGACAACCUCUUACAAUUGGGGAACGCUUCUGGUUGGCAGAUCUUUUGGAUGUAACAUUAUUGGAACAUUUAGACUCUCCUCGGGAAAAGCCACCAUGAAUUCGGUAGCUGGGAAUAAAGAGAGGCUUGCGGUCUCCAACCGGGGCAAGAAAUACGGGGUGAAUGAGGUCUGCUCGCCCACUAAGCCCGCGGCUCCCUUCUCCCCUGAGAGCUGGUACAGGAAAGCGUACGAGGAAUCGCGCGCUGGGAGCCGGCCUACCCCCGAGGGCGCAGGCUCGGCGCUGGGCUCGUCGGGGACCCCGUCCCCCGGCUCGGGCACCUCGUCCCCGAGCUCCUUCACCGGAUCCCCGGGUCCCGCCUCUCCGGGCAUCGGCACCAGCUCGCCGGGCUCCCUGGGCGGCUCGCCGGGCUUCGGCACCGGCUCCCCGGGCUCUGGCAGCGGCGGCGGCUCCUCCCCCGGCUCGGACCGCGGCGUCUGGUGCGAGAACUGCAACGCCCGCCUGGUGGAGCUGAAGAGGCAGGCUCUCAAGCUGCUCCUCCCGGGGCCCUUCCCGGGCAAGGAUCCUGCUUUCUCAGCUGUGAUUCAUGACAAGCUCCAGGUCCCCAAUACCAUCCGGAAGGCAUGGAAUGACCGAGACAACCGCUGUGACAUUUGUGCCACACACCUGAACCAGCUGAAGCAGGAGGCCAUCCAGAUGGUGCUGACUUUGGAGCAGGCAGCUGGCAGUGAGCACUAUGAUGCCUCACCUGGAUCACCACCACCGCUCUCCAAUGCCUCCACUCUGGUGGGGUCACGGCAUGGGGGUGGGCUCCAGCAGCCCAGGGAUUGGGCCUUUGUGCCUGCCCCAUAUGCCACCUCCAACUAUACAGGCCUUGUCAACAAGCACAGCAGCAAGCCCAAUAGCCUUGGGGUCAGCAAUGGGGCAGAAAAGAAGAGUGGAUCCCCCACCCAUCAGGCCAAGGUCAGCCUCCAGAUGGCCACAAGUCCCAGCAAUGGGAACAUCCUUAACUCGGUGGCCAUUCAGGCUCAUCAAUACCUGGAUGGCACCUGGUCCCUUUCAAGAACCAAUGGAGUCACCCUGUACCCUUACCAGAUCUCCCAGCUGAUGACAGAGACAAGCCGGGAGGGCCUGACAGAAGCAGCUCUGAACCGCUACAAUGCAGACAAGCCAGCGGCCUGCAGCGUCCCCGCCUCACAGGGCUCCUGUGUGGCCAGUGAGACUUCCACAGGCACCUCGGUGGCUGCUUCCUUCUUUGCAAGAGCUGCUCAGAAGUUAAAUCUGUCUUCCAAAAAGAAGAAACAUCGACCUUCUACUUCUUCUGUUGCUGAGACACCUCUCUUUGCCACCAGCUUCAGUGGGAUUCUGCAGACCUCCCCUCCCCCAGCCCCACCCUGUCUGCUGAGGGCUGUCAACAAGGUGAAGGACACUCCAGGCCUGGGCAAGGUGAAAGUCAUGCUUCGUAUUUGUUCUACGUUGGCUCGUGAUACCUCAGAAUCCAGCUCUUUCUUAAAGGUGGACCCUCGGAAGAAGCAGAUUACCUUGUAUGAUCCCUUGACUUGUGGAGGUCAAAAUGCCUUCCAAAAGAGAAGCAACCAGGUCCCUCCUAAGAUGUUUGCCUUUGAUGCAGUUUUUCCACAAGAUGCUUCACAAGCUGAAGUGUGUGCUGGAACCGUGGCAGAGGUGAUCCAGUCUGUGGUCAACGGGGCGGAUGGCUGCGUGUUCUGUUUUGGCCACGCCAAGUUGGGAAAAUCCUAUACCAUGAUUGGGAAGGAUGAUUCCAUGCAGAACCUUGGCAUCAUUCCCUGUGCCAUCUCUUGGCUCUUUAAGCUCAUCAAUGAACGGAAAGAAAAGACGGGAGCCCGUUUCUCUGUUCGGAUCUCAGCCGUAGAGGUGUGGGGGAAAGAAGAGAACCUGCGGGACCUUCUAUCUGAGGUGGCCACUGGCAGCCUGCAGGAUGGCCAGUCCCCGGGCGUGUACCUCUGCGAAGACCCCAUCUGUGGCACACAGCUGCAGAACCAGAGUGAGCUGCGGGCCCCCACUGCAGAGAAGGCGGCUUUCUUCCUGGACGCUGCCAUUGCUUCCCGUCGGAGCAAUCAGCAGGACUGCGAUGAAGAUGACCACCGCAACUCCCACAUGCUCUUCACCCUGCACAUCUACCAGUACCGGAUGGAGAAGAGCGGGAAAGGUGGAAUGUCUGGAGGUCGUAGUCGCCUGCAUCUCAUUGAUCUUGGCAGCUGUGUGAAAGCUCUUAGCAAAAAUCGAGAAGGAGGUUCAGGGCUGUGCCUCUCAUUGUCUGCACUGGGCAAUGUCAUCCUCGCUCUCGUCAAUGGCAGCAAACACAUCCCAUACAAAGAGAGCAAGCUCACCAUGCUGCUUCGGGAGUCUCUGGGGAACAUGAACUGUCGCACCACCAUGAUCGCUCACAUCUCUGCUGCAGCUGGGAACUAUGCAGAAACCCUGUCUACCAUCCAGAUUGCAUCAAGGGUCUUGAGGAUGAAGAAGAAAAAGACGAAGUACACGUCGAGCUCCUCUGGUGGAGAAAGCUCCUGUGAGGAAGGCAGAAUGCGCAGGCCCACCCAGCUGAGACCCUUCCAUACCAGAGCCACGGUGGACCCCGACUUCCCCAUUGCGCACCUGUCCAGUGAUCCUGACUACUCCUCCAGCAGCGAGCAGUCUUGUGACACUGUCAUUUACAUCGGGCCUAAUGGCACAGCCCUCUCCGACAAGGAGCUCACCGACAAUGAGGGCCCCCCAGACUUUGUUCCCAUUGUGCCUGCCCUGCAGAAGACCAGAGGUGACAGCCGGCCCACAGAGGCAGGAGAGGCUGCAGCCAGCAAAUCAGAAAGGGACUGCUUGAAGUGUAACACAUUUGCUGAGCUGCAAGAGAGACUAGACUGCAUUGAUGGCAGCGAGGAGCCCAGUAAGUUUCCUUUCGAAGAGCUGCCUGUACAGUUUGGGGCAGAGCAAGCGAGUAAAUGCCCCUCGUUAAGCCAAGUGGCUGGGGCAAACUCACUUUCUGAGUCCGAUAAGGAAGACAACGGGUCAGAUGGCCAGCUGACUGAUCGGGAAGGCACAGACAACCUGGCCUGUAAGAUGCAAAGGAAUCACUCCCCUGUGCCUGCCACAGCACGCAGCAGCAGCCCCACCCCAGCCUCACCCCGAAGCAUCCCAGGCAGCAGCAGCCAGAUGGUGCAGAGCCCCAGCCUCCAGAGCAGCCGGGAGAGCCUGAACUCCUGUGGCUUCGUGGAGGGCAAGCCCAGGCCCAUGGGCUCCCCCCGGCUGGGCAUUGCCAGCCUGUCCAAGACCUCUGAGUACAAACCCCCCAGCUCUCCUUCCCAGAGAUGCAAAGUCUACACCCAGAAGGGGGUCCUGCCAACUUCUGCCCCACUGCCACCCUUGAGCAAGGAUUCUGGCAUGGUCUCUAGCGAGUCCUUGCUGCAGCCUGAGGUACGUACCCCUCCAGUUGGAAUGAGCCCCCAGGUUUUGAAGAAAUCUAUGUCUGCUGGAAGUGAGGGGUUCCUAGAAACCCCUGUUGAGGAUGAGCAUCAGGCAGCAUCUCCCCCAGACUCCAAGAAGGAGAUCCUGAGCACCACAAUGGUGACCGUGCAGCAGCCACUGGAGCUGAACGGGGAGGACGAGCUGGUGUUCACGCUGGUGGAGGAGCUGACCAUCAGUGGGGUCCUGGACAGUGGCCGCCCCACCAGCAUCAUCAGCUUCAAUAGCGACUGCUCUGUGCAGGCCUUAGCCUCAGGCUCCCGGCCUGUCAGCAUCAUCAGCAGCAUCAGCGAGGAUCUGGAGGGCUACUCCAGCAUGGCUCCUGUCUCUGAGGUGAGCAUCACACAGUUCUUGCCCCUUCCGAAGCUGAACCUGGAUGGGAAGCCCCGGGAAACAGGCAGCAGGCGUUCCUCCAUCAGCUCCUGGCUUAGCGAGAUGAGUGCAGGAAGUGAUGGUGAGCAAUCAUGUCACAGUUUCAUAGCCCAGACAUGUUUUGGGCAUGGGGAGGCCAUGGCAGAACCUCCAGCCUCGGAGUUUGUUAGCAGCAUCCAGAACACUGCUGUGGUGUGCAGAGAGAAGCCCAAGGCAGGCUCUGAUAACCUGCUCAUCUUGUCUGAGGUCGGGGAAGACUCUUUCAACAAAGCCACCCCCAUCAAAAGCUGCAAAAUAUCCACACUGGGCAAGGCCAUGGUCACCAUCUCCAAUACAACCAACCUGAGCAAUUGCGAAGGGUACAUCCCCAUGAAGACCAACAUCACAGUUUACCCCUGCAUUGCCAUGAGCCCUCGGAACGUACAAGAGCCUGAGGCUUCUACUGCCAUCUCCAAAACAGCUGCCAGAGCAGCCUCGUCCCAGGAGAGUAAAGAAACCAGUGCAAAGAAAGAGAUGAAAUUUGAGGACCCCUGGCUAAAACGAGAAGAGGAAGUGAAAAAAGAGAAUGCUUUUCCCAGUGAAGAAGGGAUUAGGUAUGAGACUGCCACAGGCCCUACUAAGCCUGAGACCAGACCAGAGCAAGAACAGGACAGGAAGCCCAGCCCGGGCGACAGGCUCAGCAGCAGCAGUGGAGAGGUAUCUGCCUCCCCAGUGACUGACAACUUCAAGAGGGUUGUGGAUGGCUGUGAAAUGGCUCUGCCUGGUUUGGUGGCCCAGAGCCCAAUGCAUUCCAGCAAAAGCCUGAAAUCUAGCAGCCUUCCUAGAGCAUUUCAGAAAGCCAGCAGACACGAGGAGCUGGACAGCCUCUUCUACCACUGCAGUGCCGACACCAAUGGCCUGGGGACAGCAUCAGGCACCCAGGCCUCUAAGGCAACCCUGGAGCGCAAGGUGGCUUCACCCAAGCAUUGUGUCCUUGCCCGUCCUAAAGGGACUCCCCCUCUGCCCCCUGUCCGCAAGUCCAGCUUGGACCAGAAGAACCGGGCCAGCCCCCAGCACAGUGCCAGCAGCAGCAGCACCAGCAGCCCCUUGAACCAGCCAGCCACCUUCUUGGCCAGCUUCCCUGAUGAGCCCAGCAGCAAGGUGAAGGACGCCAGUAGCAGCAGCAAGCUCUUCAGCGCCAAGCUGGAGCAGCUGGCCAGCAGGACCAACUCUCUUGGCAGAACAACAGUCAGCCACUACGAAUGCUUGUCGCUGGAGAGGGCCGAGAGCCUGUCCUCCAUGAGCUCGCGACUGCACGCUGGCAAAGACAGCACCAUGCCCCGAGCUGGCAGGAGCCUGGGCCGCAGCAGCGCAGGGGCCUCACCACCCAGCUGCAGCGCCACCCAGUCAGCAGGGGCGUCGCCCAAGGCCAGCCAGUCCAAGAUUUCAGCCGUGAGCAAGCUCCUCCUGGCCAGCCCCAAAGCCCGCAGCCUGUCCACCCCCACCACCAAAACCCUCAGCUUCUCCACCAAGUCGCUGCCUCAGUCAGUGGGCCAGAGCUCCAACGUGCCCCCCAGCGGGAAGCACAUGUCCUGGUCCACCCAGUCGCUCAGCAGGAACCGAAGCUCUGGAUUGGCUUCCAAACUGCCGCUGAGAGCAGUCAAUGGGCGCAUCUCCGAGCUGCUGCAGGGGAACGGGGGCGCCCGGGGUUUGCAGGUGCGGGCUGGACCCGAGGCGGAGGAGCGCAGUGGGGCCCCCGCGGAGGACAAGCCUGCAGCAGCGCACCUGCUGCCCUCGCCCUACAGCAAGAUCACCCCACCGCGGAAGCCACACCGGUGCAGCAGCGGGCAUGGCAGCGACAACAGCAGCGUGCUGAGCGGGGAGCUCCCGCCGGCCAUGGGGAAGACUGCCCUCUUCUACCACAGUGGUGGCAGCAGCGGCUAUGAGAGCAUGAUGAGGGACAGCGAGGCCACCGGCAGCGCGUCCUCGGCCCAGGACUCCAUGAGCGAGAACAGCAGCUCUGUGGGCGGCAGGUGUCGGAGCCUGAAAACCCCAAAGAAACGGUCCAAUUCAGGUUCUCAGAGACGGAGGCUCAUCCCAGCAUUGUCCCUCGAUACCUCCUCCCCUGUGAGAAAACCCACCACCAGCACAGGGGUCCGCUGGGUGGAUGGCCCCUUGCGGAGCACCCAGAGGGGCCUCGGGGAACCCUUUGAGAUCAAGGUCUAUGAAAUCGACGAUGUGGAGCGCCUGCAGCGGCGACGUGGUGGCGCCAGCAAGGAGGUCAUGUGCUUUAACGCAAAACUGAAAAUUCUGGAGCAUCGCCAGCAGAGGAUCGCAGAGGUCAGAGCCAAGUACGAGUGGCUGAUGAAGGAGCUGGAAAUGACCAAACAGUACCUGAUGCUGGACCCCAACAAGUGGCUCCGUGAAUUCGACUUGGAGCAGGUGCUGGAGCUGGAUUCCCUGGAGUACCUGGAGGCCCUGGAGUGUGUCACCGAGCGCCUGGAGAGCCGCGUCAACUUCUGCAAGGCCCAUCUCAUGAUGAUCACCUGCUUUGACAUCACCUCCAGGCGCCGAUAAGGAGCGGCAGAUCCCUGGUCCACCAGUCCCCUUACUCCCCAGGGGGACGUCACCCUCCCCCAGGCCCUCUGUGCUGGCGGCACCCCAAAGACUAUAGAAUGAGGAUGAAGGUUGGUGGCAAGUCUGGAGGCAGCGUUGAGCGGAAGGCGAGUUUUCUUUUGUUUUCUGAAGUAGGGAAGGUGCAAACCCGAACACGUGGAAGGAGAGAAUGAUGGGAAGCCCAAGGGACGUCAGAGCCCCGUGAGACUGAAAUAAAAGCACUUUGAGGAACUUAACUUGUUUGUACAUAAGAACUGCUGGCAAAGAGACCUCUCUCUUGUCGUGCUUUCGUGAGGGGGAGGGUGGACGGAGGAUUGCUGUGGAAAGCGAAAACAAAACACCCACGACAAGAUGACCCAGGAUGACGGAUUAAGUGCCUUGCAAAUCUUUAUGAUUACCCAAACAUUUGUGUUCAACUCUUCUCGUGUACAGAUGGUGCUAGUCAAGACGCAAACAACAAAACCCACAGAAGAGAAAAUCCCACGCGUUUUUGAAAUGUACUCAUGGCUCGUUUUUCUCUUGGUGUUUUAUCCUAUUUCUGACUUGCUGUUUGUAAGUAAGUUGUGUUUGUAGAGCUAUUUCCUAACCAGUAUUGCAUAUGAAUAAAUGUUAACUGUCUUAUA